AUGCAACAUAAGAGUAACCGUAACCCUGACCCAAUUCGGCCUCAGGAUGUCAUUGCCGCUGCGGCUGCUGCUCUAGCGUUUGGAGUUUGCUUGUCGCGUUGUCCAGCACAGAAUCAAAUGCAUGUUCCAUCAGGGUAUGGAUUGCAUCCUCAAAACUAUAUUGCUCCCUCAGGACAUUAUCCUCAAGGACCUGGGAAAAUGACCUCAUUGCCAUUGGAUAGCCAAUGUGGUGAUUACUACUCUGGUCUCUAUAUUGUACCGACACAAAAUGUGGUGACUCCUAACACAGCAAACCAACAACCAGGAGCACAGCAGAUGUAUGGCAGGGGUCCUCCUGCUCCUCAUAUUGUAGGAUCCACUCCGGGACCUUUCCAGGGUGCCGCUUCAUCAGCAUCCCAUUUGCAUACGAGUGCCUCCCAGCCGUACUCCCCUUUUGUGAAUCACUACAGUAGUCCAGCCAUGUACUCUGCCAACUCUUCUGUUGCUUCUCAGGGAUUUCCCUCUACUUGUGGUCACUAUGCUAUGUCAACUGUUUCUAAUGCUGCGUAUCCUAGUGUUUCAUAUCCCUCUCUGCCUGCUGGUGAUCCAUAUGGGCAACAAAUGUUUACCUCACAGAAUGCUCCGACUGUCCGGCCGGUUAGAGAUAAUUCAUUUUCUGGUCACAGUACAGCUAUCAGUCAUUCAUCACUGCUUCCACCUCCACCAUCACACCAGUACCACCAGCAGCAGAGUCUUUCAGGAUGCAAUACUCUCUCGUGGUCAGCUUCAGGCCUUCCGUCAACCCAAGAUAAUCUCCUCCGAAACCACGGUGGCUCCCUGGCUACAGCCAACAGCAACCCAACGAAUACUGUUGCAGAUUCUUUAUCUUGUCCUGUUAUGCAAAAUGUUCAGCCUCUCAAGUCCAGCCCAGUCGUAUCCUCUGUUUUGUCAGGAGCCUCAUCAACAAGAACACCUCCUGCUGCAAAUCGCCCAGUUGAGCCUGUAGCCUCAGUUACACAGCCAUCAGAGUUAUUACAACAGAAAGGCAUGCAGUAUGGUGACUAUGUUAAUAAUCAAGCUAGCUCCGCACCAACUCCCUUGUCAUCAACUUCCGAUGAUGAGGAAGAGGAGGAGGAGGAUGAGGAAGCAGGUGUUGACAGCUCUUCUACCACAAGCAGUGCUUCUCCAGUGCCCAACAGUUACGACGCCCUGGAAGGAGGCAGCUACCCAGAUAUGCUUUCUUCAUCAGCAAGCAGUCCUGCUCCUGAUCCUGCUCCUGAACCUGACCCUGCUCCAGCUUCAGCUCCUACUGCUCCUCAGCCUUCAAAAAUGGCUAAGCCAUUUGGGUAUGGCUAUCCAACUCUUCAGCCUGGUUAUCAGAAUGCUACAGCACCACUUAAUUCUGGAGUACCUCCCAGUAGCCCAGUGUAUUCUGGAUUCCAGCAGUAUGCUCAACAGUAUCCUGGUAUGAACCAGCUGUCCUCCAGUCUGGGAGGACUGAGUCUUCAAAGUUCUCCACAACCAGAAAGUCUGAGACCCGUAAACCUCACCCAGGAGAGGAAUAUUUUACCCAUGACUCCUGUUUGGGCUCCUGUACCUAACUUGAAUUUAGACCUCAAAAAAUUAAACUGUAGCCCAGAUUCAUUUCGGUGUACUUUGACAAAUAUUCCACAGACCCAGGCUUUACUGAAUAAAGCUAAGCUUCCUUUAGGAUUGCUGUUACAUCCUUUCAGAGACCUGACGCAAUUACCAGUGAUAACAUCAAACACCAUCGUGAGGUGCCGGUCGUGUCGAACAUAUAUCAACCCUUUUGUAUCCUUCAUUGAUCAACGUAGAUGGAAAUGCAAUUUGUGCUAUAGAGUUAAUGAUGUUCCUGAAGAAUUUAUGUAUAACCCCCUAACUCGAUCUUAUGGAGAGCCUCAUAAACGACCAGAAGUUCAGAAUUCAACUGUGGAAUUCAUUGCUUCUUCAGAUUACAUGCUUCGUCCUCCUCAACCUGCAGUUUACUUAUUUGUUUUAGAUGUAUCUCAUAAUGCAGUGGAAGCUGGAUAUUUGACAAUUUUGUGCCAGUCGUUGUUAGAAAAUCUAGACAAGCUUCCUGGAGAUUCACGAACAAGAAUAGGGUUCAUGACCUUCGAUAGCACUAUUCAUUUCUACAAUUUACAAGAAGGAUUAUCACAACCUCAAAUGUUGAUUGUGUCUGAUAUAGAUGAUGUUUUUCUACCUACACCGGAUAGCUUACUUGUGAAUCUGUAUGAAAGUAAAGAGCUUAUAAAAGACUUAUUGAAUGCAUUACCAAAUAUGUUCACCAAUACAAGAGAAACACACAGUGCCCUUGGUCCUGCGCUUCAGGCUGCCUUUAAAUUAAUGUCUCCAACAGGUGGCCGUGUGUCUGUAUUUCAGACACAGUUACCUUCCUUGGGUGCAGGACUUCUGCAGUCCAGAGAAGAUCCUAAUCAGAGAUCAAGCACAAAGGUUGUACAGCAUCUUGGCCCUGCAACGGAUUUUUAUAAGAAACUGGCUUUAGAUUGCUCAGGGCAGCAGACUGCAGUGGAUCUGUUCCUCUUAAGUUCACAGUAUUCUGAUCUUGCUUCUCUAGCUUGCGUGUCCAAGUAUUCUGCAGGGUGCAUCUAUUAUUAUCCAUCUUUCCACUAUACUCACAAUCCUUCACAAGCAGAAAAGUUACAGAAAGACCUGAAACGGUAUCUCACAAGAAAAAUUGGGUUUGAAGCUGUUAUGAGAAUAAGGUGUACUAAAGGUCUUUCAAUGCACACUUUUCACGGAAACUUCUUUGUCCGUUCCACUGAUUUGUUAUCCCUUGCCAACAUCAAUCCUGAUGCUGGAUUUGCAGUACAGCUGUCAAUCGAAGAAAAUUUGACAGAUACUUCCUUAGUGUGCUUUCAGACAGCUUUAUUAUAUACAUCAAGCAAAGGCGAACGGAGAAUUAGAGUGCACACGCUCUGUUUGCCAGUAGUGAGUUCACUAGCAGAUGUGUAUGCGGGAGUGGAUGUACAGGCUGCCAUCUGCCUUCUGGCAAACAUGGCUGUUGAUCGAUCCAUCUCCUCAAGCCUAUCAGAUGCAAGAGAUGCCUUAGUGAAUGCUGUCGUGGAUUCCUUAUCUGCAUACGGCUCAACGGUCUCAAAUUUACAGCACUCUGCCCUGAUAGCACCCAGCUCCCUCAAGCUGUUUCCUCUCUAUGUUUUGGCCCUUCUUAAACAGAAAGCAUUUAGAACUGGUACAAGCACACGCCUGGAUGAUCGUGUAUAUGCCAUGUGUCAGAUAAAGUGUCAGCCACUUGUUCAUCUAAUGAAAAUGAUUCAUCCGAACUUAUACAGGAUAGACAGAUUGACAGAUGAGGGUGCGAUACAUGUUAAUGACAGGGUCGUACCUCAACCACCUCUUCAAAAAUUGUCUGCAGAAAAACUGACAAGAGAAGGUGCUUUCCUUAUGGACUGUGGCUCUGUUUUUUACAUUUGGAUUGGAAAAAGCUGUGACAAUAAUUUCAUAGAGGAUGUGCUUGGGUAUCCUAAUUUUGCAUCAAUACCACAGAAAAUGACACAUCUUCCAGAGCUAGAUACACUUUCAUCAGAAAGAGCGAGAUCCUUUAUCACUUGGCUUAGAGACAACAGACCAUUAAGCCCAAUUCUUCAUGUGGUAAAAGAUGAGAGUCCUGCCAAAACAGAAUUUUUUCAACAUUUGAUUGAAGACCGAACAGAAGCUGCAUUCUCUUACUAUGAAUUUUUGCUUCACAUUCAGCAGCAGAUUUGUAAGUGA